AUACGGUCAAAGAUUUUUGUCCAAAGAUUACCAGCCGUGAAUCCAUAAAAAUAAUACGUGCUAAAGUUGUUAGACGUUUGAGUUAUAUUAUAUCUUUUAGGAAGAUUGUGACAGUUACAUUGCACUGUUUUAUUACAAGGGCUAAUAACAGAUGAAUAAAAACAUGAGUCAACAAUCAAGAGUUGAUUGUAUUUGUCCUCCGGGACAUCUGAGAGUAAUCUUGCCCUCAUCCAUAGAAGCCAACAUGAACAUGCCUCCACCGUUUAUUGACAUUAUAAGUAAUUCUCAUGACAUACCACCACCACAAGCGGAUUUCUCUGCUCCUCCACCUUAUGAUGUUGCUGCUAAUUCAAAGCUACCUACUUAUGAGGAAGUGCAGCGUGAAAAACAAAUGGAAGGAGAGGGGCCACCUCAGUUACAGGGGCCACCACCCCAUCAUCCGACCUUUGCGGCUUUCGUUACUGUAGAGCCACCUGAAACAACAGCAGAACAGUUGGACCCGGAGAACAGCCUCCUGGGAACUGAUGUCAUGUUCUUGACUUCUUUCUUUGUGGCAUUCCUGUUUAAUUGGAUCGGCUUCUUGCUGCUGAUGUGUUUCUGCCACACCGUGGCUAGUCGGUACGGCGCACUCGCCGGUUUCGGUCUCUCGCUUGCGAAAUGGACGCUCAUCGUGAAGCAUUCCACUGAAUUAGCUUCCCACGAAAAUUCUUGGCUGUGGUGGCUUAUCAUGGCUUUUGGUAUCCUUAUCUGCGUGCGUGCAGUUAUCCAGUACCUGAACAUCAAGCGUGGAUGGCGUCUGCUUUCAGGCACGGCUCAAGAGAGACUUCUUUUCUUUUAUUAAGCUUGCACAGCUUUUUAUCUCUCUCUCACAUAUGCAGUUGCAUAUUAUUUGAGAAUGUAAGUGAAGGAUAAAGAAUAGUAAUUUACUGCAGAAUGAUCUUAGGCAGGUAAAGGUUUUUAGUUGCACGACGAAGUAUAUAAUAUAAUAGAUUUUAAUGAUAACGUUCACAAGAAAUGGCUUUAAUUGCACUUAAAAAAUCUGCUAUUAACUAUUGUUAUUAAAUUAUAUUUUACAGAAAGAAAUUUAUUUUGAACAUUUCUAAACGUUUACUGUGUUAUUUUUAUAUUUCACACAGGUUAUGAUUCACUCUAUUUAUUAGUACAUUUAUUUAUAGUGUAAUUCAAUGUUAGUAAAUCUACCAAAAAUAUCGAAAUCAAUGGCUUCUUUAGUCAUGUAUAAUAUUUUUUUAGAUUAGUAGUUCGAGGCAUUCGCCUUAUCAUAGAAUGUAUUCUGUUUUGCGUAGUUUUAAUGGAAAAUGGACUCUAAUUAUCUACAAAAUAACGAAUAUCUCGUGUUCAGAGAUAACUUAUUUUUCCAUAAAAAGACUCGUCUGUUUGAUUUUUAAUACCUUAUAAUAGCUGCCAUUUCGUAAAUAAAUAUUGCUAAUAAAAAUGCUAAAAUAACAACAUUAUUCUCAAAGUAAGAUGUAAUUGUUGCAACUUUAGCUCGAAUUAUUGUCAUGAAGUUCAUCAUGUAAGCUUUUUAAGCUAUGAAAUAAAUAAGAGUGUGAUUAUAUGUUUUCCUCCAAUAUUAAAUUUUAUUAAAAAUUUGUUACUUCUUAAAAAUACAAAUGCCUUAUGCAUUUGUAACAAUGGGAUUUCAAUUUCACAGUUUUCUGAUUAACUUAAUUAAUUUGUAAGAUAAUUGUUACUCAUUAAGAAUUCUCUACCUUACUGGCAGUAACUAUAAAUUUUAAUGUCAAUAUUUUAAAUAGCAUUAACAUGUUGAUGUAUUCAUAAAACUCAUAGUGAGUUCAGUCCAAUAGUGUCUAUUGUCAAUUUUACUGCUAUUAACAAAAGUGGAAGAUAUCAGUCAGACCGAUGUUUAUUUUUAAGUCUAUUAAGGAUAUCUCCGAGGUCAGGUAACGACUUACUGGCGAUUCAUUUAUUGAUAAUUUCAUGAUGUUCCAAGAAGUUGGUUUAUAUUUUAAAUAAUCCAAUAUUACUGUCUAUGAGGAAUAUUUCACAUCUACAUUAAAAGACAAACUUAAUACCCUUGCAUCUUAUCUAUACAGGGGACAAUAGAAAUUUUGAGCUGGAAGCGAGGUAAUUUCUAAGCAUUACGUCUUAUUACAAAAAGUAUUAUGUAAUUAGUCUCAAUUUUAAACCGUGGAAAACAUGCGAGCUAAAACACAGCAAGUAUCAAUUAAGCGCAGAAUGUGGUGUCGCUGCUUAGAGACUUCUGCCGUGAGAUGGACUCCUUAAAUCAUUGUUUAAGUCCGAGACUAUCAAUUAACCAUAUUAUUUUGUAAUAACAUGGUGUGGCGAUGGAAGGAAAAGGGGAGAUCUCUCGCCGGGCAAGGUGUUCUGCCCGGGGAGCGGCCAACACUCCGAGUAGUACUUCGGAGCUAUGCUAUAUAUAUACUGCUUCGAUUUCGGAACUUUGUUAGCGCGAUUUAGGCUUGGAUAUGUUUCGCUUGUGGUGCGACAACAGCGCCGCCACAAUGGUAUACAUUUUUAUUUAUUUUUUUAGUAUGCAAAGGACAAUAGAGCUGUUAGACAGUCACAGUUUUAAUCAAAAUGGAAUCAUGACUGUCUUAGAUGUAUUUUUAGUCUGUAGGCAACGGUGGCCGACAGCGCGCGAUCGUGUGCUAAGGAUGAAAUUAAUUUAGAAGCGAAAUAGAAAAAUAAAAUAUUGAGUGUUGUUUGAUUUGGUGACCGACGUCCCCAAAUAUUUGGUGUUAUAUGGUAGAUAUUAGGUAUACGUAAUAGUGAUGUGACAAACAAUAGAAUUGUCUCUGUAAUGUCUCUGUAAAUCUGCCAUUAUUUAUUAUUUAAAUCUGAAUGAAUAUGUAUUUCAAAAUUUUAGAUUUUAUGAAUAUAAUACAUAGAUCUUAUGCAUAAAUUCUAAUGCAAAGCAUAUAGUCUAAUUUUGUAUAGAAAUAAAAAAAUAUGUUAAUAUAUAAUUAAGUGUGUAAAAUUUAGUUAGUCACAUCACUAUAGAUAUACUAUAUCCAAUAAAGAUAAGUUAUGAAGUCGUUAUAAUAUGGUCGUUAGUUAUAGACAUUUGUGGCUUCACUUGUAAACGUUGUAUAUCGCUUACUUGAAUUAAGUUAAUAAUCAGUAUACCCGUCUCUUCUUAAUGUCAUUUAGUGAAAAAAGAGAGAGCAAUUUUAAGUAUUUCUUUAAUUAGGGCACGACUUUCUCUGCCACCAGGCUUUCUUCAAUCGGCGCCACUUUUGAAUGAGGUAAAAUAUUUGACAGAUUUCAUAGCGAGAAAGUUCAUUCGUCAGGAAAAUAUUAAUGUUUCUUUCUGUAACAUUAGUUAUAUUGUAUAGUAAUUAGAUUAGAAACGAAUAAACCAAAUUUCAGAUUUUCCUGAAAGUAGAAAAAUUAAAAACAAGAGUUAAAAAAUGCAAAAAAAAAAAAUUAAAGAGCAAACCCACCAGUGAGGCAUUGUUUUGUGUAUUAAUAUAAUACUCUAGAAAAUGAUAAACAUUUAUUUAAAACUAAGUUCUCAAUUAAAUGACAACGCGUAACAAAAAACUUCGCCACAGUCCCAAAUGAAAAAAAUAGCCCUCUUUGAUUUGUAUUAAUGUUGUUUGAAAUCGCGAGUAAAGAACGCUUCCGCUUUCACCAUUUUUUGCACCAAAAGAGAAACGAAUUGUUGAGAUUUUAUGUCAAAAUAUCUAAGUUUUAGUGCAAUAUCGUCUAGUUAUUGGAGCUUAGAAACCUGAUUUAUUUUAUUUAGAAUAAGGUAUCUUUUCAUCUUUAGACUUAAUAUUAGCUUUGUUAUGUUUAAUUUAUUAUUAUAAGUAUAUUGUGAGUUAAUUAUAACGUUUGCUAUGUAUAGUGCGUAAAUACUUUAUGUAAAAUAUGAUUAGUAAAAUUUAUCACAAUAUAUUGUAAUUUUACUCAGAAUUGUAUUUUAUAUUUUAUUAUAAACUCUGUUGU